AUAAAAGGGAAAAAGAAGGGAGGAAAUUCUCUAUUCAGCGUUUCCUCGAACAGGUAGUGGGUCAUCGGACAGCCGGCGAGUUGUCGCCGGAGGGGGGAGGGGCGUCGUUUCAAUGCGUUGAUUGAGGGAGUUCUGAGGGAGAUGGGGAAGGUGGGGUUUGGAUUGGCGGUGAGCUGCGCGGCGGCGACGUGCGCGAUCGCGGCGAUACUGGUGGGGAAGAGGGUGAGGAGUAGGAGGAAGUGGAGGAGGGUCGUGGGUGUCUUGAGGGACUUGGAAGAGGCGUGUGAGACGUCGGUGGGGAGGCUGAGGCAGGUGGUGGACGCUAUGGCUGUGGAGAUGCACGCGGGUUUGGCAUCUGAGGGUGGUUCCAAGCUCAAAAUGCUCCUCACCUUUGUUGAUAAGCUUCCGAAUGGGAGUGAGAGAGGGAAGUAUCAUGCACUAGAUCUUGGAGGUACAAAUUUCAGGGUCUUGCGGAUUCAGCUAGGAGGUAAAAGGUCCUCAAUUCUUUCAUGUGAUGUAGAACGCCAACCCAUUCCACAAGAUUUAAUGACCAGCACAAGCGAGGAUCUCUUUGAUUUUAUUGGUUCAUCACUUAAGCAAUUUGUUGAAAGGGAAGCACAAAAUUCAGAGUUUUCACCUGUUAAAAGAAGGGAACUUGGCUUUACAUUCUCUUUUCCUGUGAAGCAAACAUCUGUUUCAUCAGGCAUUCUAAUUAAAUGGACAAAAGGAUUUUCCGUCAAAGACAUGGUUGGAAAAGAUGUGUCUGAAUGUUUACAACAUGCAAUGACAAGAAAUGGACUAGAUAUGCGAGUAGCAGUUCUGGUAAAUGAUACUGUGGGGACAUUAGCUCUUGGACAUUAUAAUGAUCCAGACACUGUUGCUGCAGUGAUAAUUGGGACAGGUACAAAUGCCUGCUAUUUGGAACGGACAGAUGCUAUUAUUAAGUGUCAGGGCCUUCUUACAACUUCUGGAGGCAUGGUUGUCAACAUGGAAUGGGGAAAUUUCUGGUCAUCACAUUUGCCAAGAACAUCUUACGAUAUUGAUUUAGAUGGUGAUAGUCCUAAUCCAAAUGAUCAGGGUUUUGAGAAAAUGAUAUCAGGGAUGUACUUGGGUGACAUUGUGAGGAGAGUUAUUCUCAGAAUGUCACAAGAGUCAGACAUUUUUGGACCUGUUUCUUCUAGGUUAUCUAUGCCCUUUAUUUUGAGUACACCAUCAAUGGCUGACAUGCAUGCGGAUGAGUCCCCCGAAUUGAUGGAAGUCGCAAGAAUCUUGAAAGAGGACCUGCAGAUUCCUGAUGUCCCUUUAAAGGUGAGAAAGCUCGUCGUAAAGGUGUGUGAUGUAGUGACCCGCAGGGCUGCCCGAUUGGCAGCCGCAGGCAUUGUUGGGAUCCUGAAGAAGAUUGGAAGGGAUGGCAGUGGUGGCGUUGCAAGCGGAAGGAGUCGAGGAAGUGAUGGUAAGAUGAGAAGAACGGUGGUAGCAAUGGAUGGGAGUUUGUAUACAAGAUAUAAAAUGUUCAAAGAAUACUUGCAUGAAGCCUUGUGUGAAAUCUUAGGUGAAGAGGUUGCCCAAUAUGUGAUUCUAAAGGUGACAGAAGAUGGAUCAGGCAUUGGAGCGGCUCUCCUUGCUGCUUCACAUUCAUCAUCAUCAUCAUCGUCAUCUUCUAGUGUUGUUGAUAGUCAAAGGUUGCCAUAAAUAUAUAUAUCUAUAUAUAUAUAUAAAAUAUGAUUUAUAUAUAUAUUUAUAAAGCCCCCUUGUAAAAUAUAGAAUUCAUUUUCCAUAUCUCAUAUAUCCAUAUAAGAAAAUUUCUGGUGUUGUGCAGAAACCUUGUUGGUUUUUUGUUUAAUCCUUGUUACAUCUCUCAAUACCUGAGGGGAAGUUUGUCCUGUUGCUCUGUAGUCUUCAAAGAGAUAAAUCUCAGCAAUUUUCAUAAGCUUCACUAAUUCA